CUGUAAACGAAAGUGCAUGCUUUUUUUUAAUUUUUAGUACCACUUAUACUUAACUAUUAUAAUUUUAUAGUAUAUUUCUAUAAUCCCUUUGGAUGUUGUUGAAGUUACGCCACUGUCUAUAGCACUUGCUAGAAGAAAAGAGUGGGGAUAGUUGAUGACAUUUGAAUUGAUUGGCAAAGCAAACGAAAACAAUAACAGCUGUUCGUUGUGUACCUAGUUGUAUUUUUUUUUAUUGACUGUGGUGUAAUGCAUUUGUCAUUCGUUUGAUUGCAACGUUGUGGUGCAAUUUGACUGCAUGUAAUUCAUUGAUUAAAUAAUAAAUAACUUAGUGUGUUCGUUAUUCUUCAUUUUUAGUCAUUGUGCUUUUGGUAAAUACACGAAAAUGCCAGCUCUUCUACCCUACUACUUCGUCCCUCAGUCCUCCCUUGGACAGCACUUUGGUUUGGAAUUAGGUUCCAGGAAUGUUCUAGAACGAAAUUUAUUUAAUUUAAUAAGAUGCCCUGCUGGGUAUCUAAGACAUUGGCAGAAUGUUGCAUCACAGGAUGAUUCUGGAUCCAACUUAAUCCAUAAUGGAAAUUAUUUGAGAGUCCAGUUGGAUGUGCAACAGUUUCAACCUAAUGAAAUAAAUGUGAAGGUAGAAAAUAGGGUUUUGAUUGUCGAAGGUCAGCACAAUGAGAAGGAAGAUGGCCAAGGCUAUGUAUCAAGGCAUUUUAUAAGAAAGUAUGACAUUCCUGAAAAUAGUGAUACUAAUAGAAUCGAAUGUACUCUAUCAACUGAUGGUAUAUUGUUGAUUGAAAUGCCUGAUAGGAUUGAACAUGAAAGAGUGAUUCCAAUUCAGUUUGGCAUUCCACAAGCUGAUGCAGCUUGAAACAUUCUUUCGAGAUUUAUCCACACUGCAAAUGCAAUAGAGAAAUACAAUUUAAUUGUUAUUUGUAGAGAUUUAUGCAGAACGCUAUAUUUAUUAUAGUGUAAGUAAAAUAAUAAAGCUAUUUUCAGGUGAAUAGUGUUUGUUUUUAAAAAUGUACUUUUAAUUCAUGUAUUUAUAUUGAACAUAAAAUAAAAAUAACUAAUUUAAUGCUAAGAAUAUUCUUGUGUAUUUUAUAUGCUAAUUAU